AAACACGACAUCAACUCCAUCGAUGACAUUCGCAGCAUCACCGCCGAGCUGCUAAAGGCUCGCGUCUUAGCUCUACUGAACAGCAUCAAAACGCUGGCCGGCCAUGUGAUUGACUGCGUUCUGGAGCGAGAUAGCAAACCGACAGUGAAAGGCCUGACCAAGUUUGCCGAGAUGUCCGGUGAGGAGGUUCGAGAGACGUUCAUGCAGCCGCUGGGAAAUGUUGUUGAAGAGGAUGAGGAAGUUGAAGAAAAUGCAAAUGAGAUUGACAGCAUACCAAAUGAAGCUCACCUGGGCAGCGUGGCGGAAGAUCUGGUGGACGAUGCGGAAACAGAGGCAAAAUCACUCGUCUCUAAGGCGGAAAAGGGUCUCACCCUGGGUCGGGCCAAUGGUCAGCUGUUGAAGGAACGUGUUUUCAAGAGUACCCGCUUCAGCGUUGACCGUUCUCGUCGAUACCCGGCAGCCUUUGAUUAUCGGGAACAGGGGGCGGUCACGCCGAUCAAGGACCAGGGAACCUGUGGACUUUGUUUCCUCUUCGGCACCAUGGCCGCCAUCGAGAGCAGCUACGCCCUCAAACACGGCGUCCCCAACGCUAGUUUCAGCGAAACCGACCUGGUGGACUGCAUGGUCGAGCACGGGAAGUACCCGGGACAGGCGCAGAAGAAGGACCCCACCGGCCGGCCCAUAGUGGACCUGGUCAGUGGGACGCCCACGCUGGUGUCCUCCUGCCGACCAGGUGGCGCCCUGGUCAAUGUCCUGCGAGAGGCGAGCAAGAGUGGUCUGUCGCUGCUCAGCGAGGAGAGUCACCACUACCAGCCGGAUCAUCGCUGGGGACAGGGGUUUACGGUANCGGUGGUGACCAAGGUCAGCGGCUGGGCCACCGAGAAGAACAUCAAGGAGAAUGAGGACUACCUGAAGGGAGUGCUGAUGAAGUACGGCCCAAUUGCCACCGUCUUCCGCACGGCGCUGAUGAUUGACCGGAAGUACGCCGGCACGACGGGCUACAUUGACGGUUUCUUCCUGAUGAUCGGCAAGAUGCACGACGCUU